AUGGGCACCUUUCAUAGCCAGCAGGCCUUGGAUUAUGGCACCAAACUCGUGGGAGGAACCACGCCAGGGAAGGGUGGCAAGACACACCUGGGCUUGCCCGUCUUUAAUACUGUGAAGGAAGCCAAAGAGAAAACAGGAGCGACAGCUUCUGUUAUUUAUGUGCCUCCUCCUUUUGCUGCUGCUGCCAUCGAUGAAGCAAUUGAUUCAGAGAUUCCCUUGGUUGUGUGCAUCACUGAAGGCAUCCCGCAGCAGGAUAUGGUACGGGGCAGGCACAAACUGACACACCAGGGAACAACGAGGCUGAUUGGGCCAAACUGCCCUGGAGUCAUCAAUCCCGGAGAAUGCAAAAUUGGCAUCAUGCCUGGCCAUAUUCACAAGAAAGGAAAGAUAGGUAUUGUGUCCAGAUCUGGCACACUGACUUACGAAGCAGUUCACCAAACGACCCAAGUUGGCCUGGGGCAGUCUUUGUGCAUUGGCAUUGGAGGUGACCCCUUUAAUGGGACAGUAAACAGGCAGCUCCAGGACCAAGGCUUGGUAGCCACUGACAGGAGAACGAUGCCACAGCAGUGCCAGGAGUAUCAGCAAAUGCAACAACAAGGGCUGGAGCUGAGACAAGCUGGAGCACAGACCCUACUAGGCUGCCUGAGAACGCAGCAGUGGGGCAAGGAGAAGGCAAUGGCAGUUCCAGGCUCUGCACGCUGA